UGGCUGGCUGGCUGGCGGGCGUUGCCAGGAGACGGCGGCCUGCGGUGAGGAGACAGAUGUGUUGUGUCCCCCGCACAAUUAAAGCAUGGAAUAGUCUUCACCCUACCAUAGUUACCCAACCAGACGCAACUACAUUUAAGGUAGCUCUUCUUCUCUUUGCUUAAGUCCACCCUCUGCCACCUCCACUUUAAAUUGCUUUUGGAAUAUUUUGGAGGACCAGAAGCCAAGAAGAAGAAGAUGAUGAAGAUGCGGGGCCUGCAGUGAGGAGCGGGGAGAGGAACGAAGACAACCCAGCGCACCAGCAACGCCUCUCAGCUCCACUCCUGUAAAUAUAACCGCAGAAAGUGUGAUGAGCAUGUGGGGAUGAUUGCGGGAAGCUUUCUGUACAGUAACAUUAGCAACACUGGUCUGUGUGUGUGUGUGGCUGUUCAGCUCACGUUAUAUCUGCAGGGGCAGGGCUGUAGGAUCUCGACAAAUGUUCCAUUGCAUGUGCUCGUGGAUUUACAAUCUGGGUUUAACAAAAGAUGCUGCCUGACCCGCUGAGUUACUCCAGCACUUUGUGUUUGUCUGAAGAUCCUUGUGUCCCGUGGGUUAGUGUGUACUUCUUUAUUAAGGAAGAAUAUCAUUGACACAACUGCAAAGAAGAUUGACUGGAUUGAGUAAAGAUUUGUGUUUCCAUCUGCCAUCAGAUGUCUUUCUUUCUAACUGAGCUACACCUGUGGUCUAUGAAGAACACCUUACAAGUCAAGGAUACGGAUAUUGGCAUCUUUCAAUACUAUGAUAGAAAAGAAUCUGUUUCCACAACGGACUGCUGUUACCUAGAGGAGAAGCAGCGUAUGACUGAGGCUCGUGAAUACUUAUGGACACCCAAGAACAAGCGGCCAGAUAAAUUUCGAGACACACUCAAGGAGUUUGAGGAACUGCUGCAGUGCAGUCGCUGUGUGCUGAGCAAAUGGAAGAACAAGAACUUUUGCCAGCUUUUCUUUGCUUCAGGUGUGCUGGUUUCUUUAAGUCUUUGUGGACCACAUCUCGAGAAAGCUCUGAUGGACAGGACCUUGGUGGGGAAACUUGUGUCAGACACUAUCAAUGAUGCGGUACUUGCAGACACAUUUAUGGUCAUAACAUUUUUGGAGACCAGCAAACUUUGCUUUGUCCAGUUUACAAAGAAACAAAGUUCACCAGAUGUCAACAAAAGAAUGGAAAAGCUUUCCUCUUCUGAUCUUAAGAUUUCUUACCUUGAUUUGCCUGGGCCGACAGGCCGGAGGGUAGAACGCCAUUUGGCCAUGAACGGUGUGCAAGACAUGGUGAUUUGCUGGUGGCAAACGUCUGAUGCAGAUGGCUGGCCCUGGUUCCCAGUCGCCCACGAAAGGGACCGAGCCAAUGUGGUGCUGUUAAACUGCGCCAACGGCAAACUUGAGAUGUUAAGCUUCAUACGCACAGAAGGGGAUCCACUGUAUGCUGGUUUUAGCAUGAAUCAACCAAACCAGGUCCAUACGGUAGAAUGCCUCGUCAGUCCGGACAAAGAACCAAUGGCAGACAGCUGCAUCUACGAGUGUGCUGGGAAUAAGUUCCAGCGUGUGGCAGUCAUUAGCAUCCCACUGAGCUCCAAAGCCACUUGCUGCAGCAGCAAUAUGACAGAAGACAAGCUUGUUCUCGGCUGUGAGGAUUCCUCAUUAGUUUUAUAUGAUGCGUAUCGCAGGGUGACAUUACUGGCUCAAGCUGAUCUUAGGCCCUCUAUGUUGGAAUGGCAUCCUGAUGGUGCGAUGAUUAUAGUGGGCAGCUGUCAAGGUGAACUUCAGUGUUACGACCUGGCGUUGUCGCCAGUGAAGAUGCAGUUACUAGCAGACGAUGUCAAACCUGUUGCCAAACUUCAGCUCAGCCAACACUUUGCUGUAACAAGCAGAAUGGCCCAAAUUCACUGGAUAGUUCCUCAAGUUACUGCUCCAAACAUUGACAGCCUCAGUGUCCAUGAUCUCCUCUUUCUAACAUUUGACAAAGGGCCUGUUGGAGUCCUUUGUAUGAAAUUAGGUGCCAUAUUGAAAGGACGGCUGGGUCCCGCUGAACUCAUCUGCCAAUAUAUCCGUCAUGAGCAAAUCGAGGAGGCUAUUAAUAUCUUGGUUGGCAUGAAUUGGAACACUGCAGGCCUACAGUGCUACACUUGCCUCAUUGCGAUUGUGGAUCAUCUCCUUAAGCAGAAACUCACACCAGAGAGAGAAUCACACCUUGAAGCAGCUCUUGGAACAUUUUAUGUGCCUACAAGACCUUUGACUGACACGACUGUGUUAGAAUACCGGGAUCCGAUCAGCCGAUACGCAAGACGUUUCUUUCACCACCUGCUCAGGUACCAGAGGUUUGAGAAGGCUUUUCUAUUGGCAGUAGAUAUUUGUUCACGAGACCUGUUCAUGGACAUUUAUUAUGUAGCUUUGGAAAAGGGUGAAAUGGCCCUGGCAGAAGUAGCCAAGAAGAAAGCUGAUGAGAUUGAUUCCCUGUCAAUGACGACUGAUGUGGUGUCUCAAGACUGCCCGCAGGGUGGAGAAGCUUUGAGAAGGGACGGUGCUGAGUUUCUGCCGACAUCAGUGGAAGUUGAAAGACCAAAGAGUGGGCAUGGUUCUCCUGGCUCGGCUGGUAGCGGCAGCUAUUUAACGCAGCUUUCAGCACAGAACAGCCCCUACAGCAGGUCUUUGUGUCAAGUCCUGAGAGGUGAGACAGAGAGUGAGCUGGAGUACACACAGGCUUCAGGCUUGCUGGAUCCCUUGACCUGGGCCCGAGCAGGGGACCCUGCUGGUGAUGGAGGAGACCCACGGGAGCUUGGGCCCAGCGGCACCCUGAAGGUGGUACACUUCGGCUUCGGCCUGGUGUGAAGUGACAUCAAAGAAUUGGUCAUUACUUUAACGGAUGAAGAAAGGCUUUAAUUCUGUUGGUCUGGUCAAAGAUAUUUGAAUGGUAUAAAGAAACAAACAAUGCAGAAUGUAUUUCCACACAAAGAUCAAAAUAAAACGUGUGGUUUUUGUUUCUGAGGGAGUAAUGCUCGUAACUCCACUAAACCAGAUGCCCUUCAUCCUACCUUCUUUCCCUAUGAGUUACUUAUUUCCUGUAACCCAUUCUCCACCUUUAUCUUAUGUCAUGAUUCUACCCUUAUUCUGAGCCUCCACUUGACUGCACUGCCUCACCCCUCUCAGUGUGCCUCGUUUGCCAGCUCCACAUCACAAUGCUCAGUGUCCCCGUCUUCCUCCAGCUUACCUACUCUGUUGGUUACACAAAAAAGCUGGAGAAACUCAGCGGGUGCAGCAGCAUCUAUGGAGCGAAGGAAAUAGGCAACGUUUCGGGCCGAAACCCUUCUUCAGACCUACUCUGUUCUUCUUCUUCUUUCGUGUGGCAUGCACAGCCUAAAGUUGUAGGACAACUUGUUCUAUUUGAUCUUCCGUUUGUGCACGUCGAGUUGAUUGCAUUAGUCGAAACAGGGCGGACCGCGUGAAGGUUGCAAUCUUCCACCCCGCCUACUCUGUUUAUCCCACGUCACGGUUCUGAUCCAUCAUCUUGCUUUUCCCUAACAAACCUUCCAUACAGUUUCAGCCCAUCGCCACUGAUCAGGCCCGGCAGAGAUGACCCCCCCCUUAACCCUCAGCUGGGAUUACCGCUCCCCAUCACCCCACACACAACCAGUUUUGGCAUCGUUCCCCAUGCACAGAUGAGCAGAAGCAUACCGAGAUCAUUGGCAGCAAGGUGCAUCACAGAUCCCCAGAGGGGUGACUGGAGGAGGGAUUGUACAUUGUAAACAAGCCCAAGGCAGCUGAGGAUGGACAAGGUGAGGAUAGACGUGGAGCUGUGGACCACAACCUUUAGCCUCUGAGUCUCUGCUGACCAAUAGACAAUAGGUGCAGGAGUAGGCCAUUCGGUCCUUCGAGCCAGCACCGCCAUUCAAUGUGAUCAUGGCUGAUCAUCCCCAAUCAGUACCCCGUUCCUGCCUUCUCCCCAUAAUCCCCUGACUCCGCUAUUUUUAAGAGCCCUAUCUAGCUCUCUCUUGAAAUCAUCCAGAGAACCUGCCUCCACCGCCCUCUGAGGCAGAGAAUUCCACAGACUCACCACUCUCUGUGAGAAAAAGUGUUUCCUUGUCUCCGUUCUAAAUGGCUUACCCCUUAUUUUUAAACUGUGGCCCCUGGUUCUGGACUCCCCCAACAUCGGGAACAUGUUUCCAGCAAACGCCUAUUUUAUUCCCCCCCCUCCUCCCGUACUCCACCACUCACUGACACCCACAGUGAACACAGGUUACUGGGGCAGCCGCUCCACUCCAGCAAAGGUUUGCUAACCCUAAAAGUUGUUAUUGUACAGCAUUUUGUCACCUGGCCAUUUAACAUUAAAAGUAUUUUCAUUCAAAUUUAACGUUUAAUGGUGCAAUUUAAAGCCCUUUUUUAAUUGAUUCGCUUUUAAAAAUAUUUAACAACCCAAACAUAUUUUAAAUCGUUUGUGCAGUUGUACAUACCCAUAAAAUCAGAGGCUCUAUGGACUUUAAUUUCAAUUCGGGUCAUAUUGAAAUUCAUCCCUUUUCUCAUUACAUUUGAGGAUAGUGAGGAAAGUUUGUGGUGGGAUAUUGACUUUGUACACAACAAAACACAAGCUUUUAUCUGCAAGAAGUACUUUUGUCCAUUUCACUCAUGGCUUGUGUUGAAGCUGAUGAUGGUCUAUAUGGGGGAUUAAUCUAGCAUCAAUCAGUGCUGUAUAAUCCUUCACGCAUGGUAUUUUUCUUUGCUUUGUACGUUAAGAGGAUUAGAGUUUAGAAUGCAUAAAUUGAUGGUAAAAAUUUACAUGAUCAAGAUUGCUUCAUUUCUUAUGUUCAUUCAGCCCCGAUUAAAAAUUUAUAAGCAACUGGAAAUAUUUAUACAACCUUCAUUGUUUUUAAAUGCAAAUAGCCUUAUUUCUGGGAUUGACUAUUUUUGGAAACAGUGUCUAUUAAUGAAUCAGUGCGUGAUACUAUUAAACUUGUUGUUACACUGA